UCUCUCUCUCUCUCUCUCUCUCUCCCUCUCUCUCUCUCCUUAUUUCUUUGUUCAAGUCAGCUGAAACACUACCUUGCCAGACUGGUUGUACUAGAAAGUCAAUAUUUUACUACCCUGCUUUGUAGUGCUUUGUCGUGUGAAAAGUGUGAAAAGUAGGGCAGUGGGUAAUAUACUUCAAAUUAAAGAAACUGGUAAUGAAUUUAAAGUGAGGAAAACGAGAACAUAGGUGAAAACAGGCACAAGCCCAGACUUGCACAGUGACUGGUUAUGUCAGGACUGCGUGGCUAUUGACUUUCUGUAAGCUCCAAAUUGAUCCCUCUUUGUGUGGCUUUUAGAGGGAAUGAUUGCAAUAGUUGCUUCCAGCGUUUUCUCAACACAAUAAAAGUUUAACCCUAUCCUUUGAACUUUGGACUUUUUAUUUAUAUUGUAGCAUUACUAAAUUAAGUGAAAAUCUGCAUGCAUGAUUAAUUGCCCGACUGCCCUUGGUCGGAUGGCUAAGUGUUUUUCUUUUCCAGUUACAGAUUAGGAUUUGUGUUUGUGUUCAUAAUUAAGGCACUUAUAUAAAUUAAAAAGUGCUACUUAUGUAUCUAAUGCUAAUGGCUAAUGGCUGCACAAGGAAUCGUAUCGAAUAAAAAUGUAUAUCUCGCAUCUGUUUUGAAGCUGUGCGGGGCGUGUUUCCGUCUGACAGAAGAGUCAGCACUCUGCACGUUCAGGGUUCCGCAGCUAACCUGAUUGGCUGACCUACAUUCACGCAGCCCUUCGGACAAUUCUGAUUGGUCGGCGGGGGUUUGUUAUUGCGAGUGUUACUGUGACGAGUUUGAGAAAUGCUAAAUUGUUAACCCACUGUAAACAAACAACGACACACAUUUCCGCCAGCAUUAAAAGGCGUUUGAAAGACGAAAAUAAUUUGUUAUGUAGCUGCUAUCUGGCUCGGACAUUUUUGCCUUAUAAUUUAAAAUACAGUUUUCCUCAGCUGAACCCUGAAGCAAGCUUAUUUCGCGUCGCCUGAACGCUAACUGGCCAGAAGAGGAAUCAGUUUGCUCCAUUAGCCAAGAGACUUCGUGGUUAACGUUAGCGCCAGUUAGCUCAGUUUUGUUUUUACCGUGCGCGUGCUUACCAGUUCAUCGCCAGUUGUUUAUUUUAUUUGUUCUUGAUUAAUUAUCUAACGUGUAAGCUAAUACUCCAGAAAUCGGUCCACAUCCCGCGAAGCAUUAGCAAAGCGACACGUUUGAGACAUGGUGAAGCUGACCAAGGCGAAAACCUUUCAGGCCUACCUGGACACCUGUCAUCGCAGGUACAGCUGCGUGCACUGCCGGGCUCACCUGGCAAACCAUGACGAUCUUAUCUCCAAAUCUUUCCAGGGAAGCCAAGGAAGGGCCUACCUCUUCAACUCAGUGGUGAACGUGGGGUGUGGCCCGGCGGAGGAGAGAGUGCUGCUGACGGGGCUUCACGCUGUGGCGGACAUCUACUGCGAGAGCUGCCACACCACCCUGGGCUGGAAAUACGAACAGGCUUUUGAGUUGAGUCAGAAGUACAAGGAGGGAAAGUUCAUCAUUGAAUUGUCGCACAUGAUCAAGGACAACGGCUGGGACUGAAGCCGCUUUGCGCUCUCUCUCUCUCUCUCACAUCGUGGUGAAGAGGCUAUCGCCAUGUCAACCAGUCACCUGUAUGCAGCUUUACAAAGAACAGUGUACUGAGUGUCUCAUUACGAUUGGCAUCUCAAGCUCUCCUUUUAUCACACAAAAAAAUCAGGGGUUCGCGUGUUUGUAUGAAAUAGUCAAGAUCUUUUAUUAUUCUCCUACAGAUUUCAGUCUCAUUCCCACAUUUCUGUAAAUUCACACAGUCUGUCAUCUCCUGUUCAGUUGUAAUUGAAUCCUAAAACUGUUUAUUUAGAGCAAAGUCUGAGACGAUGAUUAAUGUUAUAUCCCAAUGAAUUCAGUCGCCCUUUUUUUAUAUUUUAGAUGGAUUUUGUGAGGGUGUUGGGCUGUGUGGGAGAGAGACUGCCUGUUUCUGAGCAUGUGCAGCGAGCAGGUAUGUAUGGGAGUGACUGUUUCUGAGCAUGUGCAGUAAGCGUGUACGUAUGGGAGUGACUGUUUCUGAGCAUGUGCAGUGAGCAGGCACGUAUGGGAGUGACUGUUUCUGAGCAUGUGCAGUGAGCAGGCACGUAUGGCAGUGACUGUUUCUGAGCAUGUGCAGUGAGCAUGUACACAUGGGAGUGACUGUUUCUGAGCAUGUGCAAUGAGCGUGUACAUAUGGGUGUGACUGUUUCUGAGCAUGUGCAGUGAGCAGGUACACAUGGGAGUGACUUUCUGAGCAUGUGCAAUGAGCGUGUACAUAUGGGUGUGACUGUUUCUGAGCAUGUGCAGUGAGCAGGUACAUAUGGGAGUGACUUUCUGAGCAUGUGCAGUAAGCAGGCACGUAUGGGAGUGACUGUUUCUGAGCAUGUGCAGUGAGCAUGUACAUAGGGGAGUGACUGUUUCUGAGCAUGUGCAGUGAGCAUGUACACAUGGGAGUGGCAGGUAUCUCAGCCCACAAUAGGCUGGUGAACAUUGAGGAUGUGGAGUGUGUGUUAAGUGUGUGAUGCAUUGUGUAGAGAGGGUGUAGGCAGCCUGCGUAGACCAGAUGUGCCAGGGUGUUGGUCUCUACUUGUGUUUUAGUGUACAGAAUGUGUGUGUGUGAGUGAGAGAGAGUGCAAGUACAGAGUAUGUAUAUAUGUAAAUUUUGCACAGUGUGUGUGUGUGUGUGAGUGAGUGAGUGUGUGUGUGUGAGAGAGAGCAAGCAAGAGUGCAUGUCAGAGAGAACUAGAGAGUAUGUGUGUGUGAGAGAGAGAGUGAGUGAGUGAGAGAGAGAGAGCGAGCGAGCGAGCGAGAGUGUGUCAGAGAGAACUAGAGAAUGUGUGUGUGUGUGUGUGUGUGCGCGCACGCGUGCGUAAGAGAAAGAUGCAAUUAAGUGGUAAAUGCAGUACCUGGGGUUGGUAUUUAAUAAAAAAUUUUCUGUCCCAACAUUUUCAGUUGUAGGUAAAUUGCCAAUUCUAAAACAUCAUUGGGCUGUUCAUUUUAAUAUUUUAUUUUUGAAAGAAAUUUGAUGUAAAUAGUGGCUAUUAUUUUUUGGCAUGUACAGAAAAAUAUAUGUGAUCAUAUAUUCUAAUGUCUAAUAUUAAAAUCACAAGUGUAUUAAUUGUAACAAAUAAUUUAUGCGGGGUUGUUGAUUAAAGUAUAUUAUUUCAGUCUGAACAACUGUAUUAAAGUAUGUGAUAAAAAUA